AUGGGAGAAAAGGAAUCCCAGAGGAAACGGUACGCCCUCGUGGGCACCGGUGGACGGUCCAGCUUCUACUAUACAGCGAUCGCAUCAGACUACAAGUCGACCUCGGAGAUAGUCGGCCUCUGUGAUACGAACCAAACUCGCAUGGACGUCGCAAACGAAAAACUUGAGACACUCGGGCAUGGCAAAGUGCCUACUUUCCUGGCAGUCGACUUCGACAAGAUGAUUACGACGCUCAAGCCUGACGAAGUGAUCGUGACGGCGGGCCCGGAUAGAUUGCACAAUAUCUACAUCGUCCGAGCGAUGGAGUUGGGCUGCAAUGUUGUCACAGAGAAGCCCAUGACCAUCGACACGCCACGCUGCAAAGAAAUCCUGCAAGCCGUCGACCGAACAGGCCAAAAGGUCCGCGUGACAUUCAACUACCGGUAUGCACCCCACAACACGCGAGUGUUUGAGAUCUUGCAGAGCGGCGCAAUCGGCAAGGUAACCAGCGUGCAUUUCGAGUGGAUGCUCAACACGUCACACGGAGCCGAUUAUUUCCGGCGAUGGCACCGCGACAAGCGCAACAGCGGGGGCCUGCUUGUGCACAAGAGCACGCACCACUUCGACCUGGUCAACUUCUGGCUGCAGACGCGGCCAGAGACGGUGUACGCGCAAGGGGACCUAAAGUUCUACGGGCGCGAGAACGCCGAGCAAAGGGGCGUCACCAAGUUCUACACGCGCAGCCAUGGGAGCGAGGUCGCCAAGGAUGACCCAUUUGCACUGCACAUGGAGAAAAAUGAAGGCCUCAAGGCGCUUUACCUCGAUGCGGAACACGAGGACAACUACUACCGUGACCAGAGCGUCUUUAGCGAUGGAAUUUCUAUUGAGGACACUAUGAAUGUGCUGGUCAAGUACAAGAACGGUGCAGUCAUGACAUACUCGCUUACAGCAUAUGCCCCCUGGGAGGGCUUCCGGGUAAGCUUCAAUGGCACGGGAGGGCGCCUCGAGGUCGAGGUCGUUGAGAACAGCUACGUAAACUCGGGCGGUGACCAGUCGCUCGAAGGGUCCCUCGAGAGGCGCACGAUCCUACUCAGGCCGCUUUUCGAGAAGCCUCGGGAGAUUGAAAUUGGAGAGAGUAAAGGAGCUCACGGUGGAGGUGACUCGGUCCUGCUCCAAGAUUUGUUUGGUGAGCCCGUUUCAGACGAAUACAGACGUGCCGCCAGUCAUAUCGACGGUGCAGCUUCGAUCCUUACCGGCAUUGCGGCGAACAUAUCCAUCGCGACGGGUCAGGUCGUGAAGUGCGAUGAUAUCUUGGCCCUUCCGGACAGCGCCCUCGCCCUCAGCAUUCGCGACGGCGAGGUAUCCACCCGCGCGCCUUCUGCGCCCACCUCUAUCGGGCGCAGUCCCUGA